GUUUGAAAAAGAACUUUACAGUGUUUUCUACUCGUACUAUUUAAACGGAAAUUAUAUUUUUCGAUGUAAACGAAGCUUAGCUUAGCUUCUCUAGAAAGAACAUGGAAGCGGAAACUUCCGCGAGGACGAGUUUUUGAAGGUUUUCACCGGUAUUCCUAAGCUUCUCAAGAGGCUUACAAGGAACUAAAAUGUGUGGACUGAUGAACUGAACUCACAAAAGCAAAUCUGCGGAAACACACGAAAAAAAAACCAUUUCCAGGAGCAAAAGAAGAAAAAAAAUCUUAGUCACGAUGUUGAAGGUCGUCUUCCUGAGUCUUUUGGUUACGUGUGUCACAACUGAGGAAAACCGCGUUUCGGAUCAAGCUGUUUCCCCUGAAUCCGGUAACCCGAGUUUCGUGGCAUUUUGGGAAGAAUUCGCGAGAACGUUUCCAUCAUCGUCGACGGUGUCGUGGGCAGGAAUGAGACGAAGUGACGAGUGUGACGUCAAUAGUCGUCGGUGUCGACACGCGGAAGAAGUGGUUUUCAAGCCGAGUCUGCCUUUUCACGAUCGGGCUGCUCCUUAUGGUGCUGAUGCUUUCGCGGAAAUGACAGCCGCUGAAAAUUUGCUGAACCACACGUCCGAACUGCGAGCUGAGCGCUGGAACUACACCUGGGUUACGUUGGACAAGGAGACUGUAGCCAGGAAACUUGCGGCAUACAAAGCAGCCCACGUAUUCACCCAGAAACACAAAUCGCGACGCUGUGUGGCCAACGAGUGGUUUUACGAAGUGGACCGGUGCAUUAAUAAGGACUCGGCGGUUUCACCCGUUAACAAACAGACGUCUGUCUGAUCAAGUCGGGGCACUUAUUCCACUGAUGAAUAAUCAAUUUUAAAAAAAUUAUUCCUUCUCGUCAUCUUACGCUUCGUGUUUUCCUGUCACUUUUUUCCUUGUUUUUUUCUUCAAUUUUGAAUACACUAGUCCGUUCAGGAAGAUCUUGAAUAAAAUCAUUUCCAUGCGUAUCAGUACAGCCAGUAGCUUAUGAUUGCAAUGCUCAGUUCUUUUUCGCUCCUUUUUUUCAAAAUACAGUAC